UUGGUUUAGUCUAGUUAAGAUGGCGUCUCUCUACUAGGGGUCGUGCUUGUAUUUUUGCUUCAUGAAACUCCUUUUAGACACUGUACAUAUUAGAUCGUUACGGUAUUUGUAGCUAUGUUCACAAACAUCGCCCUGAGGAGUGUGUUGCGGUCGUCUGGUUGUAUUUUUCGAGAAAGCAGCGCGGUUUGUUCAGCUUUGUCUGCGGCGUCGCUAGCAUGUUUAGCGACUCCAGUAUCAGGACCAAACGUCAAAUGUGGGAGCUUCACACUUCAACCACCAGUGAGAAAUUAUGCACGGGCUGUGAAGAAAAAUGUGACAGCUUCCCCAAGUCAUGUGAGUGACCUUACUCCCACAAUGUUAAAGCUGGACUAUGCAGCUGUGCCUCUCGCUCAAACGACUGAUGAUGUUGUUAAAAGACUUAUCUCAAUUGAGCUGGCAAGUCAUAAAGAAAAGUUAGAGCUAAAAAAGGAGCUGCUCAUUUCAAAGGUCCAGAGGAAUGAAAAUGACCGCAAUUCAGAGGAGGUCAGAGUGGCUAUGUUGACAGCAAGAAUCCGGAACUUUCAAGAUCAUUUGCAAAUACAUCCCAAGGACAAAGCUAACAAAAGACGCAUGCUAAUGGCCAUAGACAAGAGGAAAAAGAUUUUAAAGAAGCUCAGACUAGUUCGCUACGACACCUUUGAGAAAGUAUGUGAAGAGUUGGGUAUCACCUACACCUUUCCACCAGAGUACUACAGACGAGCCACGCGGCGCUGGAUUGCCAAAAAGGCUUUCUGUUUAAAGGUCUUUAAAGAAGUGCAGAAGCAAAAAGCAGAAGAAAAAAUGAAGAUGAAACAAAACCAAGUUACUGCAGAUUCCAGCAUUGCAAAAUCCCAGUGAACGUCCAGUUUCUUGUCUAUUGUGUAAUAACGAGAUUGAAAUAAAACUUCUUCCUCGUCUUCUUGUCUGAUCAAA